AUGAUUUUUUUAAGUGAACUGAAAAAGCAAAAAGAACGAUUGAAGGAAACCGAGACAGUAGUCACACGUGCAGAUGGCGUUAGAUUCGUCGAAGGUUCAGGAAUAUUAGUAGAUAAAAGUUUUGGCUUCGUAGUAGAUACUAAACCAGAUGAUAUACCGAUUUUAAUUGUAAAUCACUUGUAUAUAGGUUCUCAAGAUUGCGCCACAACAAAUAUAUUAGAGAAAUACGACAUAAAACGUGUUUUGAGCUUAGGUAUUGAUGUAGAUAUUUGUAAUGUGGAGCAUAAAUAUCUUCCUCUUCUAGAUUUGCCGGAAAUCGACAUAAAAUUAGCUUUAUUCGAAUGUCUACCAUUUGUAAGAAGUGGUGUGGAAAACAAGCAGAAUGUAUUAGUACAUUGUAACGCGGGAGUGUCUCGCACUUCGAUGGUGGCAAUCGCAUACUUAAUGCAAUAUGAGGGCAUGUGUUUCGAAGAAGCGUACAAUCUAGUUAAAACCAAAAGGCCGGCCAUUCAACCGAAUGCUGGAUUUAAAAAGCAAUUACAGUGUAUGAAACCUCAUGCUAUUAUU